AUGUCUGACAUAAAGCCCUCAGGGGGACUCCCAACUCCAGUUCGGGACCAUAAGAGUGUUACUGAAUAUCGGCUGUCCAUUUCAAGCAACCCGGGCUCCCGUAGGUCAUCGUUUGGAGCAAAUAACAAUGAAGGACACGAGACAGAAAAUAUGGUGAAUACUUACGUUCUUCCGCAAAUUCAAGAGCUAGCAGAUGCCAUGAUUACUUUGGAUAGCAACUUUACACAAAUGAAUUUCAUACACGAAAAUUUGGUUGAUUUGAAUGAAUCCAUCGGCGCAUUGUUGUAUGGAUUAAUGUGCAAUUCGUGGUGUGUUGAUUUCUCACAUAUGCCGCAUGAUACCGCAGGAGAAAUCAGAAUAAUGCAAGAGCUGACAGAUUUAGAAAGCGAAAAGCAGAUUAUUCUGCGGCAGUUGGCUGAAAGUGAUGACUUAAAGACAAGACAAGAAAAUGUGCAUCAAAAAUCACCUGCGAAGCUUGCGAGACGCUCGGUGAAGCAACCAACAUCUCUAUCGUUAUUCGCAGACCAAGAUCUUAAUGACGAAGAUAACACAGACGCUUCAUUCGUCUCAAAUCCUAGCAUGGUGCCUCCCUCAAACUUAAAAUUAAGGCGAAAAUCAAUAUUGCACACAAUAAGAAACAAUGCUAUAAGUCAUGAUGUUUUUGACCAGCAGAGGCGACGCUCAUUAGCUGUUAGUGCUUCGCGUUUGGUACCCCCCAACAAAAGGAGCACACUGGGCGGGAUAGCGAAAAGAAAUACAAUCCAGUCUACCAAUAGGAGAGUAACAAAUCGGCAAAAUCUGAAUAAAAGGCCUCCAUUUUAG